AUGAAUCCAGCCAGCUCCAACCAGGAGACGCUGCAGGGCUAUGUCCCUGUGUAUUCGAGCGCACCGGCCCACGACAAAGUGACUGUACCUAAGAGUAUCUCCCAAGCACUCAUCCAGCUGUCCAAGGGUCAUGCUGAGUGGCUUAACUCACCCGACAAUGGACUCAAGGUCGCUCGCGCCAAGGCGGCGAAAGCACGCGUAGCAGCUGAACUUGCUGUAGCUACGGUCAAAGGUGUUGAAGAGCGCCUUGCCUCGUCCGAGUCUACACCUCUACCUGCUACCACCAGUUGCGAGAAGAAGGGAUCUGCACGCACACCUUGCAAGACCUCUGUCGAGGGUCCUGUUCACCGUACUUGGUACACAGUCCUGGGACUUCCAUAUGCCUCGAAAAACCAGAAAGACAUCAGACUUCCAGACCCUCGUGUAGAUGGUACAGUGAAGCCACUCACGCCAGAUGGGUCCUGGUCUGUAAACUGGGCGCUAGGUCCGACUGUCGGCCAUAAUCCGGAGGUCUGCAACCAUGUCAGGAGCCUCCUUGAUCAAAAUAAAGGUAAAGAUUGGGCAGCACUUACUGAUGACAAGAAAGAAUCAGCCGUCAACGGAUACUUUGUAACCAUGUCAGGAAAGUGGCGCACAUACGGCAAUGUAGAGCGUCAGGCUCAAGACGAACGUCGCCGGCAGGCACAUGCCUUGAACAUGUGUCGCGAAUGUUGGGUUAACGGGCUGUUGAAGGCACUGCCUGCUCUCAUUGAGUACAUUACAAAGACGUAUGGGGCAGAAUACAUACCUGGCUUGGCCGACAUACUUGGUCAGCAUAGAUGGUAUGGCCUUCCAUGCGAUGGUAAGGGCGCAGCUAGCCAGGAGGACUGGGACGCCCAUAAAGUGAAGUGUGGUGGUGGAUCGGCAAUCACGGCCUGGGAAGUGCGCGAAUACGCCUGGAAGUCACCAAAAGUUUGUCGUUAUCUGUACACGGAGAUGAUUGGUGGCUCACCAAUCUUGCAGUUGAUCUGUCUUCAAGUCUUGCUGAUGAAGAAGGCCCGCGAGAUGUCUGUUAAUGUCAAGCAGACCAGUGGCAGAAACUUCCAGUUUCCAGGCUUGCCGGUGAACAUAAUACAAGAUGCACCAGGUGGCGCCUUCCGUAUAACAUCUGUGUUGCGCCGGCAUGGAUCGAAGCCACACAAUCACCUCUGA